GAAGAAACCCCGUUUUGGCAAGGCUCAAGCCAAGCUCGGCAAGAAGCCGGUAGACGACGCCGAUCGUAUGAAAUUGAAAACAUUUCAGGACGUGGUGGCGCGUUUGCGCCAACAGCAGCUGAAAUGUCCACAUUCGCUGCGAGGGUGAAGGAUGAGGGGGAAUGGUGGUGGUGGCCGCAGGAGGCGCUCAAGGACAUGGCGGAUCUCCUCGGGCUUCUUCCCGACACUUUCGUCCACCAUGGCAAGGCCGGCAGACGGACCGUAGACGGCCUUGCCUUCCCGGGUUACUGGAUCAAUUCAGACCUUCUGGAGCAACCCUGAAGGGAGUCAACAAGCGGGAUUACGGCUGGCUGCAAGCCGCCGAAGCAGAAGAGGACGCCGAGAGACAGCGACGUAAUGCAACACUAGAAGCCGAGCGACCUGCCGCUGCGAAGCAAGCCGCGAACGCAAAGGCCCGAGAGCGAGAGCGAAAAGCUGCCGCGAACGCAUCAAAGCAAGCGGAGCGCGCUGCCGCAGCCGAGCUCAAGAAGACAGAGCGCGCCGCCACAGCAGCUGCCCGGAAGGAGAAGGAAGCAGAGGAAAAAGAGCGCAAGAAGGCGGCGAGGGAACUAAAGGCUGCUGAGACCUCUGCCGAGACCGCUGCCCGGAAACGACAAGUUAACAGGGAGACAUAUGCGAGGGCCAAAGCCCGCUGGACUCCAGAGGACGUGGAGCGAAAAAAGGCAAAGCAGAGAACGUGGUGGGCAGCAGGCCUCAAGUGUUUCAAAUGCAAAGAGAUGAACGACCUCACCAUGGCCAACGGGAGAGGAGCCUGCCCGACCCACUUGGCCAUGGGAUUGGGCCAGACCAGCAGGUUAUUGGCUGAAGUGCGAGCCUCUGGAGUACGAGGCUUGCAUGACCAUGGCCGCGUACCUGGAAGCCUACCCCGCCUCGAUUUGAUACACGAACGCUUGCAAGGCACCAUAUGGUCGGAAAUCUUGCGUAGCGGAGGGCGGCGCGUCGAGGUCGCCUACGACUACGAGUUCCAGACUGGUGUCCCCCUUGCCGUGGCCAGGAUUUUCGAGCUUGGAUGGGCAGCUGCUUUGCCUGACGGCACCCGUCAGCCUCCCGCCUCACACUUCUACGAGGACAAUUCCAAUGCCAAAGAACCAGAAGAGCAAUUCCUGGCGAACUUUGGAGACACCUUUGUGCCCAAGGAGUGACCCUUUUCUCCUGGUCCACCAACCAUUGCGACAAGGUGUUGAUGGAAAGGACGCGUCCAUCCCAACCAGCCCACUGGAAGUUCCGCAACCUGCGCCAACUAGUUCGCCUUCUUUGGCCAAGCAGGAGAUCGAAGACCAUUGCGGAGGUGACCAACGUGACGCGCCCUGCCUCCAUCGCGUUCCCUCGC